AAGCAAAAAGAAAAUCUUUUUGAAUAGCAUAAACAUUUAAAGUUAAACCCAGAAUUUUCAGACGGUUCCCUCUGCGGAAAAUGGGAAUGGGAACUAGCACCUUUGUUACUAGAUGGAUCAACUUUCUCACAAUGGUUUUAGCCAUUGCUGUCAUAAUAUUUGGGGUGUGGAUGAGCACUCAUCAUGAUAACUGCCGAAAGUCUCUCACUUUGCCUGUGAUAAGCCUCGGAGCAGUUAUUUUCUUGAUAUCCGUAGUUGGUUUUUUGGGUGCCCUGAAAAGAAGCUCCAUACUCUUAUGGAUUUAUCUGAUCAUGCUGUUCUUCGUGUUGGUGGGAAUUCUGGUCUUCACAGUGUUGGUGUUCAUCGUGACUAAUAAUGGAUCAGGUCAUAGCGUGAGUGGCUUGAGGUAUAAGGAGUAUCAACUCCAAGACUUUAGUUCUUGGUUUCUCAAAGAGUUGAACAAUUCUCAUAACUGGGAGCGAUUGAAGGUUUGUCUUGUCAAGUCUGAGGAUUGCAAUAACCUAUCCAAAAAAUAUAAGACUCUUAAACAAUAUAAAUUGGCUAAAUUGUCGCCAAUUGAGGCUGGUUGCUGCCGACCACCUUCACAAUGUGGAUAUCCUGCUGUAAAUGCAUCCUACUAUGACUUGACCUUUCAUCCAGUUAGUGCAAACAAUGACUGCAAGCUGUACAAAAAUUCCCGGGCCAUCAAAUGCUAUGAUUGUGAUUCUUGCAAGGCCGGCGUGGCACAAUACAUGAAAACUGAGUGGAGAGUAGUUGCAAUAUUCAAUGUUGUUUUAUUUGUUGUCUUGUGUAUUAUAUACUUUGUUGGAUGCUGUGCAAGACGAAAUGCUGCCAGGAGCCAUUCCAAGGGUUGAAGCGAACCUGUGUUUAUCCAUUAACUGCUUUUGGAAUUUGUUGGAGAGGAAAGAGAGA